GAAAUUUGGGUGCUGUGGUUAUUGGAGGCAAGCAAGGAUCAAAGUUUUGAGCUUUGAUAUAUAGUUGUGAGGUGUUUUGCUAUUUUUUGCAUGUUCUGGUUGUGGGAGUAAAACCCCAAUAGUGGGGGUUUGUUCCAAUUUCAGCCAUCUGGGUGUCCUUGGUACUGGUAAAGCUUUGCUGGGAUUUGCUUGGAAUGGGGGUUUAUGGCUUUUGGAGAUGAUGGGUGGGUUUUUGGGGGUCAGUUGUGGGGUUUAAACCCUUUAAAGGUGUGAUGAGGGUUCAAAGAAAGAGGCUUUUUUUUUUUUGGAAUCACUUUGGAACUUGUUGGUGAUAUUGGGAUAUUGAGAUUUCAUGCUUGGUCCAAGACAAUGGAGAUGUUUAUGGCCGGACUUUUAUCUUUUUCGCAUUCAGUACUGUGACUUAUGAUAGUAAGUUAUGAAGAACCUUCUUAAGAAGCUCCAUAUCAUGUCCAACCAAUCAGAAGAUUCAGCAGAAGGGUCUAAUUCAUCAAAGAGCAUCAAUAAGGCUAUUGAUAAGUUGUCUUCUGACACUGAGAGGCUUUUGAACUCAAGGUCCCAGCAGAGUUCUGAGCAUAAACACUUGUCUGGGAUAUCAGGUUGGCUCAGUUCAGUGGCUAAUAGAAAGAGCCCUAGUCCCCCAUCAUCUUCAAAUGUUACUAGGGGGGAGAGAAUUGAACAACCUGAUGCAGUUAGUAGGAAUGGAGGGGAUGUUGUUUCCGAUACAGCUAGGCGUGAUUCAGGGUCUAGUACUUCAAGGGAUGCUGAUAUAAUGGAAGAGUAUCAGAUUCAAUUGGCUUUGGAAUUGAGUGCUAGGGAGGAUCCAGAGGCAGUUCAGAUUGAAGCUGUUAAGCAGAUUAGCUUAGGCUCUUGUGCUCCGGAUAAUACCCCAGCUGAAGUUAUUGCCUAUCGUUAUUGGAAUUACAAUGCUCUUAGUUAUGAUGAUAAGAUCAUGGAUGGUUUUUAUGACCUGUAUGGAAUAUUGACGGAGUCGACCUCAGACAGAAUGCCUUCCCUUGUCGAUCUGCAAGGAACAGCUCUGUCAGACAGUGUCAACUGGGAAGCAGUUUUGGUCAAUAGAGCUGCAGAUGCGAAUUUAUUAAAACUUGAACAUAUGGCGCUAGAAAUGGCAGUAAAGUCACGUUCAGAUCCUCUGGUUUCUGUAAACAGAAAUUUGGUGCGAAAACUUGCCCUCUUAGUCGCCAACUCUAUGGGUGGACCAGUUGCGAAUCCUUACAACAUGUUGAGGGCCUGGCAAAGUCUUAGUCAGAGUCUGAAAACAACCCUUGGUAGCAUGGUUUUGCCACUUGGUUCUCUGACAAUAGGAUUAGCUCGGCAUCGUGCAUUGUUGUUCAAGGCUUUGGCUGAUAGUGUUGGCAUCCCAUGCCGGUUGGUGAAAGGACAACAAUACACGGGUUCCAACGAUGUAGCAAUGAACUUUGUAAAGAUUGAUGAUGGAAGGGAGUAUAUUGUUGAUCUGAUGGCUGACCCUGGCACACUUAUUCCAUCUGAUGAAGCUGGAUCACAUAUAGAAUAUGAUGAACCUUACUUUCCUGCCAGUCCUUUGUCUAGAGACAUUGAUUCUUCUUCUCAUGUAGCCUCCUCCAGUAGUGGAGUUGGAAGUUCAUUUGAAGAACAUUCAGACUUUGGGACAUUAGACCGAAAAUCCAGGUUAAGUAAUUAUGCUUCUGCAGAAAGGGAAUCUGAAGAGAGCGAAGCCCCAAAUUCUCAUGAAAAUUUACCCAGACCAACUGAAUCUGAGGAAUCCAAGAUACCUUCAGAUGAUUUGAGAUACUUCUCUAAUGUGGAGAAGGCGCUGGUGCAAGAACUUCCAGGAAGGCCAAAUUAUACACAUGCAAGAUCUCCGUCAUGGACCGAAGGUGUUAGCUCCCCUGCGGUUCGGAGAAUGAAAGUUAAGGAUGUUUCACAAUACAUGAUUGUUGCUGCCAAAGAGAAUCCAAAUUUAGCUCAAAAACUUCAUGAUGUGUUACUCGAAAGUGGUGUUGUUGCUCCUAGAAACUUGUUUACAGAAAUAUAUUCAGAACACUUAGAUGUAUCGACAGUUGAGACCAAGCCCCGGACAGAAGAUACGGGAGCACAUAAGGAGAGGUUUGAAAUGAGAAAGAGUAAAGGUCAAGAUGAUACCAGUGCGGCUCACUUUUUGCCUCCACUACCUCAGCACAGGGUGCAUUCUAAAGCUAGUUCCUCAGGUCAACCAGAGCAUCUUAAGCCUGUGGAAGGUUUAGGGAUCAGCCUACCACUUGAUACCAGGGAAGUAACUGGCCAGAAUAUCUCAUCACAGUCUGAAGUAACUCCAGUUAAAUAUACAAAAAGUGUCCCGGUUGCUGCAGCAGCGGCGGCCGCAGCAGCUGUUGUUGCAUCUUCCAUGGUAGUUGCAGUAGCAAAGUCAAGUGCUGACUCAAAUAUUGAACUUCCUGUAGCAGCUGCUGUGACUGCUAGUGCUGCAGCAGUGGUUGCAACAACUGCAGCUGUCAGCAAGCAGUAUGAGCAGGGAACAAAAAGUGAUGGGGAUGCAGAAGGUUCUGGUAACGUACCACGUGGCAGUGGGGACCGUGAUCAUGAUGCUUCAGGAGUUAUCUCAGAAGGCGAGAGAGUCUCAGAUCAAUCGACAGGUAACGAAAGUACAAAAUCUGACAUUGGUGAUGAUGUAGCAGAUUGCGAGAUUCCAUGGGAGGAAAUCACCUUGGGCGAACGAAUUGGACUUGGAUCAUAUGGGGAGGUCUAUCAUGGAGACUGGCAUGGGACGGAGGUUGCUGUGAAGAGGUUUCUAGAUCAAGAGCUUUUGGGUGAAUCACUUGAUGAAUUCAGAAGUGAGGUUCGAAUAAUGAAGAGACUCAGACAUCCCAAUGUUGUUCUCUUCAUGGGAGCCAUAACUCGUGCUCCAAAUCUUUCCAUUGUUACAGAAUUUCUUCCAAGAGGUAGUUUAUAUAGGCUAUUACACCGGCCUAACAAUCAAUUAGAUGAGCGAAGACGCUUGAGGAUGGCUCUUGAUGCUGCUCGGGGAAUGAAUUACUUGCAUAACUGCACUCCUGUAAUAGUACACCGUGAUUUGAAGUCUCCAAACCUUCUCGUGGAUAAGAAUUGGGUCGUUAAGGUCUGUGAUUUUGGAUUAUCAAGAAUGAAGAACAGCACAUUUCUCUCCUCGAGGUCCACUGCAGGGACGGCGGAAUGGAUGGCUCCAGAAGUGCUAAGAAAUGAACCUUCAGAUGAAAAGUGUGAUGUUUAUAGCUAUGGGGUCAUAUUGUGGGAGCUCUCUACAAUGCAACAGCCGUGGGGAGGAAUGAACCCAAUGCAAGUUGUUGGUGCAGUUGGAUUUCAACAUCGUCGUCUUGAUAUUCCAAAUGAUAUUGAUCCUGCAAUUGGAGAUCUUAUUAAGAGAUGCUGGCAGACAGAUCCAAAAUUGAGACCCUCAUUUGCUGAGAUCAUGGCUAUCCUGAAGCCAUUACAGAAGCCUGUAAGUAGCUCUGCAGUGCCUAGAUCUACUGCACAAAGGCCAUCCUGAGUUACAGAAGGUACAGCUGGCCACAAUAGUAAAUAUACACCUCCACGGAAUCUUGGCUCAUUUCCAAUCCAAAAUAUGGAUGGAGGCAAAGUUGGUGAUCGAAGAUCACAACCUAACAUACACACUCGAUUUGAAAUUGUAAUUUUCGUUUCUCCUUUUGGUUUCCUCUUUGUUUCUGCAUUCGUAACACUUGCGGCCAUUCGCAAUGUUGUACAUUUGUUUGUAAAGAAUUCAUUGGCAAGUUGUUAUCAAUGUUUUGAGUUUCCGGUGUC